AUUGACAUUUAAUCAUUUGAUACAUUGGUGAUCUCUGGAAGAUUGCGGUUUAUUUCUUUGCAUUCCUUCAUAGAAAGUAAAUAAUGGCACCCUACAAAAUUGUUAUGGUCAGACAUGGAGAGUCCGAAUGGAACGAAAAAAACUUAUUCUGCGGCUGGUUCGACGCGAAUUUGAGCGAGAAAGGCAAACAGGAAGCCCAGGCUGCAGGUAAGGCACUGAAGGAUGCAGGCUACAAAUUUGACAUGGCCUUCACGUCGAUGCUUACUAGAGCUCAGGUCACUUUGCAGGCAAUUUUAAAAGAAAUCGGUCAGGAAGAUUUGCCAACGAUCAGGACGUGGAGGUUGAACGAGAGACAUUACGGUGGGCUGACCGGACUGAACAAAGCCGAAACUGCCGCUAAAUAUGGAGAGGAACAGGUGAAUAUCUGGCGUCGAAGCUUCGAUAUUCCUCCACCUCCGAUGGAAGCUGAUCAUGCUUACUAUGACAGCAUCGUAAAGGAUGCCCGUUACGCCGAAGGACCCACUUUAGACCAAUUCCCGAUGUACGAGUCAUUAAAACUGACGAUCGAGCGUACUCUGCCCUUCUGGAAUGACUCAAUUGUGCCACAGAUCAAAGCAGGCAAGCAAAUCAUGAUUGCAGCCCACGGUAACAGCUUGAGAGGAAUUGUAAAGCAUCUUGAUGAUUUAAGCGAGGAUCAAAUCAUGAAACUGAAUCUUCCCACUGGUAUUCCUUUCGUUUACACGUUGGAUGAAAAUUUGAAACCUGUGAAGAGUUUGGAGUUUUUGGGCGACCCGGAGACUGUGAAAAAGGCCAUGGAGGCCGUCGCUGCCCAAGGCAAAGCCAAAUAAUCAGUAAAAUAGUGUAUAUGUAAAUGGAGACUACUGGUCCAUAUUAAAUUAUUAAGUCAUGAAUGUUGAGUGUGAUAGAGAUAAUAAAUGUUACAAAUUAAUUGUUUCAA